AUGGACGACGCGAUCACGUUUAUCGAGACUCCAAACAGAUCAUUGGUCGCUGGUGGGAGCUUUCCGGAGUCCAAUGAGAACACAGUGGUGUCGUUGGCUCUGCCCUUGGUGGUGAGAUCGUCGGCGCCGUUGGUUCCGCCUCUGCACUUCGUAAACACAAUUCAGAGCGCAAGUGUACGUGGGAAUCAUAAAUUGGCGUUUUUGUUGUGGGUCCUCAACAGCAGCUCAGAAGAUCUGAGGUUGACCCUGGCAAUCGGAGAGUGUGCCGCGCCCUUCCAGCUUUUCAAGUCGUGUUUUGAAAGCCACCAAGCUCCCGACUACGAGACAUUUCUCCAGGUACGCGUUUGCUCAACACCAAAUGCUACCAAGACCACAAGACCAUACUACCAGGUCUCGGUUUUCCCUCAGAUCCUGCAGACCAUCAAAGUAGACCAGUUCAAAACGGAAUAUCUUUUGCGGCAGUACACGCAACAGUUUGUGCGAAUCUUGGACUCCUACAAGUUUCGCGAGCAUCCCAGCAGUGCAACCUAUCUUGGUGUCAACGUGUCCCGUCUGCUGCAAUGCUACGUCAACGAUACCAUAUACGACACUGUCUACAAAUGGAGGCAUUGGAACAAAAUUCUGGGCCACCAAGUGACCUUCGCGCCCUUUUCACAACUCGUCGCCAAGUUUUGGGACUCGUAUUUGGCGUUUCAAGUGGGUGGAUUGCUUUCUGACUUCACAGCCAAAUUUCGCCAUUUUGGCUGCGUCCAAGCUGACUCCAGCAUUAGAAAUUUAAGGUCUCAUUGCCCAGCUCGCCCAAAGGGUGCAACUCUCAAAUACGGAAUAUGGAUCGACAGUGUUCAAGGCGUGCUCGUUCUCAGCAACAUGGCUACUGCAGAGCUGAUGGAUCCGAUUCCGAGUCUAGUGUUGGACCUAACGGUUUCGGAUUGCGAGCGAAAUGUCAAGAAAUUAUUGCUAUUCCUCAAUUGUUGCUUGAUUGAAUGCGUUAGCCAAGAGUUGUCCAAAGCUGAAUGUUGA